AUGUUGUUCACACAGCUCUUUGUGCUUUUGCUGCUGAUCAAUUGGUGUCAUGGCGAGAGCAGGACUCGACAGACACGAUUGCGAUCGACCUACGACCGGGUAUUCAGUCGCAGGAAGCGUGCAGUAAUCUUUCCGCCAGGCUCGUUUCUCAAGUUCACUUGUAAUUUUGGCACUGGUUUGGUCUCGGCCUAUCCACAAGGCGUUUCAUUUGCUCUGGAGGAGGCGGUCUACUUUCCCCUUCCUGGCAAAACGGACGACCUCUUCCCACAACGUUUUCGGUCAAAGAAGCCAACAGCAGCACAUCCCCUGACGAGCAACAAAAAGUCCUAUGUUUACAUACCCGACACAGACUGGCGCUCCAAGGCUCAGGCAUUUAGGCCCAGGCCACAGCCGUCAAGGACGCACCGCAUCGAUCUGGAUAGCUACACCAAUCCUCACAAUUGGCAGCACUGGGCAAAAUAUGGCUCAAGCCAGGCUCAAAAGUGGCAGAGCUCUGCCGCAACACUGAGCAACAAUCGUAAGUGGGCAAAGUGGACAACUCCUGCGCCCAAAUGGACAGCUGCCUGGACAAGUCGGUGGAGUAGACCUACUCCACGAGCAAUUGCUGAAUCUCCCCAUUUCCAUGGUCAUCGCGAUCGGCGGCAGCUCUUCGAGCACUUCAGUGGACUCAGUUCACGCUUUGGCUUCGAUGUCAAGUCCUGCAUACUGCGCACCAUAUGCGACUCCAAGCGUCUCCUGCUGCCACCAGGCUAUUCCAUGCUGCAGGAUAUGCUGCGCUUGGUGUUCACGUAA